GAAUGGCAAGUGGAAAAUGAACAUGAAAAAAGUAUAAACCAGCUGGGGAUGACGAAAUCGGAAGAAAGGUCUGGGGUAGGGGAAAUUUAACAGUUCUAUUUCGGUCAGGUUAGCCAGUAUUUCACACAGAUGGUUUUAAGAUACACUGAAGAAGAACUCCGUUUAUAUGAAGCUGGAGCUUGUUUGCCAGACGGUGUCGAUCUCACACCAUUUCUUACACUAGUUGCCGAUGUCACUGAGGCAUUGAAGCAACUGGAAGAGCAACAUCCACGUCGUAAGUCGUUCAACCAUCACAGACCACAAAGAAAGAAGCAACCUAAGGAAAUUGUUGACGAAGACGGAUGGACUUCAUUUGUUCCGAAGAAGGCGCACGAAGAGGAGGAGUCUUCUGCCAUUGGUUCCAGUGCUGCGGACGCAAUUGCUGAAGUCGAAGGUGGUAACGAUGACUUCGAAGAAGUUUCCAAGCCUAAGCAACACACCAUCAAGAUCAAGACUAACGCUUCCAAGAUUUCAAGUGGUAAGAGUAGUGUUGCAGACACAAGGGAUGCCAUUGCAAUCACACAAGUCUCCAAAUUUAAUGCCUUUGAUGCUUUGGCUGAUGACGAUGAUGAAUGAGUUUUUAGUACACGUCUUUCUCCUUCUUUAUCUACGACAAAAAUAGUUAAGUAAUAAUGGUAAUAGAAGCAGUGAAUAAUUUUACAUUUAGUAUACAUAUGUACAGAUUGUAAUCAGCGGGAAACCAGCCCUCGUCUUUUUCCUUCGAUUAAUUGAUUGAUUUCGUCAAGUUCCUUCUGCAUGCGCUCUUUCCUUAACUUUAUUGAGCUCGACUCCAUUUCUUGGAACUGUGUGUAGGCCCACAACUCAUCCUCCACAUCAUGAACCUCCGCUUUAAUAUCAGCAAUCUCUUUUAAUGUUUUAUCGAUUUCUGUUUCUAGCUUCUUCUGCUUGUAUAGAUUAUCAAUUCUAUU